AUGCGGUUGAUGAGUCUUGUAAAAGACAUGGGUUAUCUUGGUAGCGACAUUCCCCAUGAGGAAGUCGACCUGAAGUGCUUGAAACACCUUAUUGACACUCUCUUACUGGUGGGGGCCUGUUCCCGGGAAGAGAGGAAAAUUAUUUUAGGCCCCUAUGAGUGCUUCUGCUUUGAAUACUCUUCUGAGGCUAAGAAUGCAUCAGGUCUUCCAGCCCGUCCAUUGUUGAUGGGGUCAUACUCACAUUACUCUAGUUACCUUCGGUUCCCCCCUUCAGAGGAGGAUUACUCGUAUCUGGAUAAUCUAUUCGAGCAUGCCUUGAAGGAAGAAUUGGAGACUCUGGCUCGGUAUACUUGGUGCACUUUUGUUGAUUUAGCACUUGGUGGAGCCGGUCAUUGGGACGCUUACUGGCCUGACCAACACCGGGAGGAGAAACAUCGACUAGAGGAAAGUGUUCAUUUGAUGCUCCAACAGAACAUGUACCUACAUGAAAUACAAAGAGCUUCCACCUCUCUUAAUGGGAUAAGGGAUGCUUUGCUCCCACUUAAUCUUCAUACUUCUUUGACAGAGCAAGUGAACCAUCUAGUGAGGACCGUGGUGAUGAAGAACCAUACUAUAACUUCUGCCCAGGGAAGUGUAUCAUAUUCUAAAGCAUUUCUUUCAGCGGCCCAUAAGGAAUUAGAGUCUCCGCGCCCUGAGAAUGAUUCCAUGACUCAAUAA